GCCCGGCCCGGCCCCCCGGGGAGGAGGCGACAGCCCGCAGCGCUUAGCGGCGGCGGCGGUGGCGGUGGCGGCGUUGUUGUUGGCCAGAGCGGCUCGGGGCUUGGGAGAGCCAGGCGAGGGAGGAUGUCGUCGGCCGGCAGCCGGGAGGAGGAGCGGCGGAAACUGGCCGAUAUCAUCAACCACUGGAACGCGAACCGGCUGGACCUGUUCGAGAUCAGCCAGCCCACCGAGGAUCUGGAAUUCCAUGGAGUAAUGAGAUUUUACUUUCAAGAUAAAGCUGCUGGAAACUUUGCAACAAAAUGCAUCCGGGUCUCCAGCACUGCUACAACUCAAGAUGUCAUAGAAACUCUUGCAGAGAAAUUUCGACCUGACAUGAGAAUGUUGUCAUCUCCUAAAUAUUCACUCUAUGAAGUGCAUGUCAGUGGAGAAGAAAGAAGAUUGGAUAUAGAUGAGAAGCCUCUAGUUGUACAGUUAAAUUGGAACAAAGAUGAUCGGGAGGGCAGAUUUGUGCUCAAGAAUGAAAAUGAUGCCAUUCCUCCUAAGAAGGCUCAGAGUAAUGGGCCUGAGAAACAAGAAAAAGAAGGUGUGAUCCAGAAUUUUAAAAGAACUCUUUCAAAGAAAGAAAAAAAGGAAAAAAAGAAGCGAGAGAAAGAGGCAUUGCGACAGAUGUCUGAUAAAGAUGAUAGGCCUUUGCAUGGAGAUGACAUUGAGAAUUCUCGCCUGGCAGCUGAGGUGUAUAAAGAUAUGCCUGAAACCAGUUUUACACGCACAAUAUCAAAUCCUGAAGUGGUCAUGAAACGUCGGAGACAGCAGAAACUAGAAAAGAGAAUGCAAGAGUUCCGAAGCUCAGACGGCCGGCCUGAUUCAGGUGGAACCCUGAGGAUUUAUGCAGAUAGUUUAAAACCAAACAUCCCAUAUAAGACAAUCUUACUGUCGACCACGGAUACUGCAGAUUUUGCUGUGGUUGAAGCUUUAGAGAAAUAUGGUUUGGAAAAAGAGAACCCCAAGGAUUACUGUGUUGCCCGUGUUAUGCUUCCUCCUGGAGCCCAACAUUCAGAUGAAAAAGGUGCUAAAGAGGUUAUCUUGGAUGAUGAUGAAUGCCCUCUACAAAUCUUCAGGGAAUGGCCAAGUGACAAAGGAAUUUUAGUCUUUCAAUUGAAGAGGAGGCCACCUGAUUAUGUCCCAAAGAAAUUGAAGAAGCAAAUUGAUGGAAAACCACUAAAAGGGAAGGAAAGAGCUGACGGGUCUGGCUAUGGCUCUUCCCUCCCACCUGAAAAACUGCCCUACUUGGUAGAAUUAAGCCCAGGCAGAAGGAAUCACUUUGCCUACUACAGCUAUCACACUUAUGAAGAUGGUUCUGACUCCAGAGAUAAGCCAAAGCUCUACCGUCUACAACUAAGUGUCACUGAAGUUGGAACAGAAAAAUUUGAUGACAACUCCAUUCAGUUGUUUGGUCCAGGAAUUCAGCCUCACCAUUGUGACCUAACAAAUAUGGAUGGAGUUGUUACAGUUACUCCGAGAAGUAUUGAUGCAGAGACCUAUGUUGAAGGGCAACGCAUCUCAGAGACAACUAUGUUACAGAGUGGCAUGAAGGUUCAAUUUGGAACAUCUCAUGUAUUUAAAUUUGUAGACCCCAGUCAAGAUCAUAUCAUUACCAAAAGAUCUAUGGAUGGAGGCCUAAUGGUUAAAGGUCCAAGACACAAACCUGGAAUUGUCCAGGAGACGACUUUUGAUCUGGAAGGAGAUAUUCAUAGUGGAACAGCAAUGCCAACAAGCAAGAGUACCACCAGACUGGACAGCGACAGGAUAUCAUCAGCAUCUAGCACAGCAGAACGAGGGAUGGUGAAGCCAAUGAUCAGAGUAGAACAGCAACAAGACUAUAGAAGACAAGACAGCAGAACUCAGGAUGCCCCUGGUCCUGAAUUGAUACUUCCAGCAAGCAUAGAAUUCAGGGAAAGUUCUGAAGAUUCAUUUUUAUCAGCUAUUAUAAAUUAUACAAAUAGCUCUACAGUACAUUUUAAGCUGUCACCUACAUAUGUGUUAUAUAUGGCAUGUCGGUAUGUACUAUCAAGCCAAUACAGACCUGAAAUCAGCCCUACAGAGCGCACUCAUAAAGUCAUUGCAAUAGUUAACAAGAUGGUGAGCAUGAUGGAAGGAGUUAUUCAGGAGGUAGACCAGGUUGAUCAGAAGCAGAAGAAUAUUGCAGGGGCACUUGCCUUCUGGAUGGCAAAUGCAUCAGAAUUACUCAACUUUAUUAAGCAGGACCGUGAUCUCAGCCGAAUCACUCUGGAUGCCCAGGAUAUUUUAGCACACUUGGUUCAAAUGGCAUUCAAAUAUUUGGUCCAUUGUCUUCAGUCUGAACUCAAUAACUACAUGCCAGCCUUUCUGGAUGAUCCUGAAGAAAAUAAUCUGCAAAGACCUAAAAUAGAUGAUGUCUUGCAUACACUCACUGGAGCUAUGUCAUUGUUACGAAGAUGUAGAGUAAAUGCUGCCUUGACAAUUCAACUCUUCUCUCAACUCUUUCAUUUUAUUAAUAUGUGGCUGUUUAACAGACUCGUUACUGACCCAGAUUCAGGGUUGUGUUCUCAUUACUGGGGAGCUAUUAUUCGUCAGCAGUUGGGGCAUAUUGAGGCAUGGGCAGAGAAACAAGGCCUAGAGCUCGCUGCUGACUGCCAUCUUAGCAGAAUUGUACAGGCAACCACACUACUUACCAUGGAUAAGUAUUCACCUGAGGACAUUCCAAAUAUUAACAGUACCUGCUUUAAGCUGAAUUCACUACAGCUUCAAGCCUUAUUACAAAAUUACCAUUGUGCACCAGAUGAACCUUUUAUUCCAUCAGAUCUCAUAGAAAAUGUUGUAGCUGUUGCUGAAAAUACAGCUGAUGAAUUAGCACGUAGUGAUGGGAGAGAAGUGCAAUUAGAAGAAGAUCCUGAUCUUCAGCUACCUUUUCUUCUGCCUGAAGAUGGCUAUUCUUGUGAUGUUGUCCGAAAUGUUCCAAAUGGGUUACAGGAAUUUUUGGAUCCGCUGUGUCAGAGAGGGUUUUGUAGGCUAUUGCCUCAUCCACGUUCACCAGGCACUUGGACAAUAUACUUUGAAGGAGCAGAUUAUGAAAGUCACUUCAUGCGGGAAAAUACUGAACUGACGCAGCCUCUAAGAAAAGAACCAGAAAUAAUUACUGUGACACUUAAGAAGCAAAAUGGAAUGGGUCUUAGUAUUGUUGCUGCAAAGGGUGCAGGUCAAGAUAAACUUGGGAUUUAUGUGAAGUCUGUUGUAAAAGGAGGUGCUGCAGAUGUGGAUGGACGUCUGGCUGCAGGUGAUCAACUGCUUAGUGUGGAUGGUCGGAGUUUAGUAGGACUGUCCCAAGAAAGGGCAGCAGAGCUCAUGACAAGAACAGGUUCUGUGGUGACAUUAGAAGUUGCAAAACAAGGAGCAAUUUACCACGGCUUGGCUACUCUACUCAAUCAGCCUUCUCCCAUGAUGCAAAGAGUUUCAGAUCGACGAGGCUCAGGUAAACCCCGACCAAAGAGCGAAGGUUUUGAGCUAUAUAACAAUUCAGCGCAGAAUGGGUCACCUGAGAGUCCUCAGCUGCCUUGGACAGAGUAUAGUGAACCAAAGAAGCUCCCAGGAGAUGACAGGCUAAUGAAGAACAGAGCUGAUCACCGUUCUAGCCCUAAUGUAGCAAAUCAACCUCCUAGUCCUGGAGGGAAAAAUACAUAUGCCACUGGAACUUCAGCUAAGAUAACAUCUGUUUCUACUGGAAAUCUCUGCACAGAGGAGCAGACACCACCACCAAGACCUGAAGCUUAUCCCAUCCCAACUCAAACAUAUACCAGAGAGUACUUUACGUUCCCAGCUUCUAAAUCCCAGGAUCGUAUGGUUCCUGUUCAGAAUCAGUGGACCAAUUAUGAUGAAAAGCAACAGAUCCAGACAGAUAAUAAUCAUUCGGGAAUCAUAAUUCAGCGUGUUACUCGUUCCCAAGAAGAACUAAGAGAUGAUCAAGUUUACCAGCCAGAGUGUCAUCGCCAAGAUUCAGACUAUUUAGAAAGGAAGUCUGACAGUGACAUGUGGAUGAAUCAGAGCUCUUCAGUGGAAUCUAGCACGUCCAGCCAAGAAUUCCUGAACCAUUCUUCUAAGUCUGUUACCCCAGCUUCUACUUUAACCAAAAGUGGCCCUGGCCGCUGGAAAACACCAGCCGCUCUUCAGCCAACCCCAGUAGCUAUUUCCCAGCCUAUUAGAACAGACCUUCCUCCUCCUCCCCCACCUCCUCCCGUACACUACGCAGCUGACUUUGAGGGGGUUCCAAUGGAUUUGCCUCUCCCUCCCCCUCCUCCUCUGCACCAGGUAGGUCCUCAGUCUGCUCCUGCGGCAGCUGCAGAACGUAAAAAGAGAGAGGAACACCAAAGGUGGUAUGAAAAGGAAAAGGCUCGUUUAGAGGAAGAGAGAGAGAGGAAACGAAGAGAACAGGAAAGAAAGCUGGGGCAAAUGCGCACUCAGCCCCUAAACCCCACCCAGCUUCCUCCUGUACCUGUCCAGCAGAUAAAGCCAGAAAAGCCAUCUACAUUACAGAGACCCCAAGAAACAGUCAUCCGGGAGCUGCAGCCCCAGCAGCAGCCACGGACAAUUGAGCGGAGAGAUCUGCAGUACAUCACAAUCAGCAAAGAAGAACUUUCUUCUAGUGAUAGCUUGUCCCCUGACCCAUGGAAACGGGACGCCAAGGAAAAGCUGGAGAAGCAGCAGCAAAUGCACAUCGUAGACAUGCUAAGUAAAGAGAUUCAGGAUCUUCAAAACAAACCAGAUCGUACAGCAGAAGAAAAUGACCGCUUGCGAAAACUCAUGUUGGAGUGGCAGUUCCAGAAGAGGCUCCAAGAAUCAAAGCAGAAGGAUGAAGAUGAUGAGGAUGAGGAAGAUGAUGAUGUAGACACCAUGUUAAUAAUGCAGCGCCUAGAGGCUGAAAGAAGAACCAGGGUAAAGGGGAAAAAUCCUUUGGGUCAGACUGCUAUGCCAGCAAUCUCUGUUCUAGAUUUGUUACAGGAUGAAGAACGUAGACGUCAGCAACAGUUAGAAGAGAUACGUAAACGGGAAGCAGAAGACAGGGCCAGACAGGAGGAAGAUCGUAGGCGCCAAGAGGAGGAGCGAGCAAAGCGGGAUGCUGAAGAAAAGGUUAUGGUCCUCUGAGGGCCCAAACAUCAAUGUUUGGCUUGGGCAAAGGGAAAUAGAAAUGCCAUAUCCCUAAGAUGUACAUGACAAAAACAGGGCCUGGAUCCCCAACUUUUAUUAUUGGACCUAGUCUGGCUCUACCUACCUCUCUUCUGAACUUUGUCUCCAAGCUCCUUUAUCUCUCUCAAGCACUUGAACUCCAAUACUUGAUCUGUUCAGCAAGGGGCCUCUGUCUAAAGAAUCCAUUUAUCCUGGGCUUAUAACCCAUAUCUGACACUAAGUAGCAUGUUGUUGUUAUGGUGAUAUUUGUUUGAACAUGAAAAAGUUUAAUUUACUAAGUUAACUCAAUCCUAAUUAAUGCUGGAGAUCUUAUUCUAUUCAAAACAAAACAAUGACUUACAGAAAAUUGAAAGGGAAAGAUUUAAUUUUAGAAUGUUAACCUGCUUAGUCUGCUCCAAAAAAAAAGUAUUUGUUGAUUACAAAGUGUUAGCUGUCUCACUCAAGCAACCCUUUCCUUGGAAUUCCAUUUUGAAGUAGCACAGAAUUUUAGCAGAUAGUCUCAGGAAAUGGGAAUCUUACAUUGUCCAGAUGUUGGUUUCUUUGCAUCUUGUGUUCUUAUGAGUGAGCUUAAUAUUAAAAUAUUAAGUAUCUCUUCCUUUUGCUGAGGCCCUUUAAUGUAAGAGAGGUUCUAACCACCAUGUUUUGCACUGUUUGGUUUGUUCUAAGAUCACUGCUUGUUGCUGUAUGUGAUUUUGGAGAAGCUGUUUUCUUUGUCUCUUUCCUUCUAAGAAGCCUCUGAUUCUCACAACUUCAUAUGGGGAAAACUCAAUAUCUAUGAUCAUUCACCAUUUCUUCAUUAAUGCAAUGAAGUAUAUUAGUAGGAAGUACAAAAUAAAGUAAUUCUCAGGAAAUAUUUUGUCAAAAUGGAAUCUCUUAAAACAUGAAGCAGUCAAAAAAAAUUGUUGGAAAAUUCAUUUAAAAUAGAGUUGGAGAAAAUACCAUAAGGAACCAUACUUCUUUAUUGAAAUAGAUGAUUCUUGUCUGUUAUAAGCCUUUACUCUUUCUUAACAUUUAUGAUAAAUGCUUUGCGGUGGAUCCAAACAGCUUGUGGGAUAUUCUCAAAGAGAUCAAGCAUUCAAGACUAGUUUUUAUUGUAAUCAAUUUAUGUUUGUAAAUGGAAACUGAAGGUCAUUAUAAGAACUACCGACCUAAGGAAUUCAGACUUGCAAAACCAGAACCAGUCAGCAUUCUGGAUAUUUUGUGGUCUUAUGCUAAUCCAUGGAAUUCCCUUUUCUGGCUGUUUUUAAGGGAUUGAGUUUUUUCAGAUCAGUGCUAACUCGACUAUCUUGUAUUCUUCAAGACUCAAAAAAAAAAAAUCUUCAGUAAAACCUGUACAACUGCCAAGAGCUUCAUCUGCUUUAGGUACAAAGUUGUAAUAAUAGUUUAGAGAUUUGCCAAAAGAUAGUCUGUAGUUUUAGCAUCAAAAUACUACACAAUCAGAGAGGAAAGGACAAAUUGUAUUGAACAAGACUUUGUCUUUGAUUUCUGAAAAUGCAUCCUCAAACUUCCCUAACUAUGUUGACUACAAUUGUGUUUUAGCAACUACUGCUAUAUUUGAUGAUGGGUCAGUGAAACUGGAAGUUGGAAGUAUGUUAUACUGAGGUUGUCCAAAAUCAAUGGCUUUGCUUUGUUAUAGAAGAAAGAUUGUUAUUUGUUGGUUAGAAUAAAGUUUGUGUCAUGCAAUUAAUAUCUGCUCGAGAUAUCGUUAUCUCAGAAACUAUCUGGAAUUUUGCUACAAAUUAACCUGCAUCUUGGUUAAGUAAAAAAUGACAGCUAGUGAAUAUUUAACCGAGUUCCCCCUUGAAUGUUGUUGGAACAGCCUGUCUUCAUAAUAUUGGCAUGUAACAAACCAAGUUAUUAGAAUUCUUAGUGAUUGCCUAAAUGUAUAGAUAUAACGCUGAAUUUUAUCAUUUCUCUAGGAAUAUUUUGCCCUAUGAGGAUAAGAUAAAAAAAAAUCUUUGCUGUAUUCUUUCCUUAACAUGAGUUUUUCAGUUCCUACAGAUAUUAUUGCUUAUUAGGAAUGAGGAGAGGAUGUUGUAUUAAAGGGAACAUCAGAGAUUGGCAUAUAUUUUUUGAGAGAUAAUCUAACCAGAACUUAAAAGAUAUUUAGACAUUGAAGCAUUUUUCUGCAUCAUGAAUGAAGAACAGGCAAAAAAUGGAAAAGGGAGCUAUAAAUUUUAUUCCCAUGCCAAAGGAACCCCCAAACUUAGGAGUCUUUUGUAAAAAUGAGUUUGGAAAGUGUUUGGUUUUCCAUUAUUUAGUAUUGAAAAGUUUUUCAAGCUAAGGAAUACAACUUUUGUUUCAAAAAUAAUCUACACACUCCUUCCCUAUUUCACCUUCACUUGUCCUUCUUUGAAACUUUUGUCAAUCUUUAAGAAAAUGUGCUAUUAUAUUUUUUAUUGUGAAAAUAGCUAAUUUCAUUAACACACACUGUCAAUUACAGUCUGUGCAGAUGUAUGUCCAAAAAAAUGUAUCAUGUGUGUCAGCAUAUUCAGAUUUCUUGUUCCUGUUGCUAUUGAUGCCUAACUUUCAUUGUCUGUCUAUUAGGGAGUACAUUAAGUUUUGAAAUAUGAAUUAAGAACUAUGGGAAGCAUGUGCUGUUUACUUGGGGGACAUGCCUUUUCAAUUCACAUUUUUCAAUUAAUUGCCCUUUGAAAACCAGGAGGUAAGCUAGAUGAUUAAAUUUUAAGAAAUGUAUUUCCAAAGAAUAGUUAUAAAUCUGAAUUUACUUGGGCUUGCUUCAUGGAAAAUAUCUUACAAAAGUAGCUUAGAAGUGGUCACCUCCUUAAAUGUCCUUUAUUAGGACCCUAACUCUAUAGCCUAUUUAUAGGGGUUUUUUUCCUAGGUUGUUUGGGUUUUUUUUUUAAAUAAACAUUUUUUUAAAUAAACAUUUACAGCAGUAGCAGGUAAGUUAAUAUUUAUGCUUUAGUCAGAAAUGGUCUCUUGCAAAUGAAUAAAAGCAAGAGUGACAGAAUAAUCAUAGAUGGGGCUAGAUGGGGCUGUGCCGGGCCUUUAGUCCUCCCCACCCUUUCAGAAUGAAGACAUUCCAUUCUAUUUCAGAGAACAAGAUCUCCAGGAUGAUCUGAACAUUUUUAUCAUUAGCACGUUGUUUACAUUACUAAAUGGAUUCAGCUUGGUUGUAGAAUGGGUUUGGAUGGUUUAAAAAAAAAUCCCCUGUAAAGCCGUAGUUGGGUCUACUUCAUGUUUCUUCCUUGUCUGAUCUUUUCACCUUUGUUUAU